UACUUAUACUGGUUAAUUCGAUGGAUGCAGUGGGGGUUGACCAAUGCCAAGCCAGGGAUGGUCUUACAGCUCGCGGAAAGUUGCUAGGUGAGGUGGGGUCUUUGGAGUCUUUUGGGGGCCAUGAUCACCUCACUUUGGUUCUGUCUCACACGGCACAUCAUUAUAUAAUAGCACAUGGAGUGAGGGCGUGCUCAGAGGCAACUUUCCACGACCAUGUCAUCCCAAAGAUUCCUUCAUUCACAGAAACCUCGCGGGUAGACCGAAGGAUUAGCCCAUUUCCAACCCAGCCAUCGCGGAAAGUUGACCACUGUAGCGAGCCACGGCGCGAAAUGUCGACAGCUGGCAAGAACAAGGCAAUCCGAGGCUGCUGGACAUGCAAAGGUUGUUGGCAACUAACCUACCUGCAGAACCGUGUUGGCUUCUUCGUGCGGCUCUGCUAACUGACGCGUCUAUCUAGACCGUAGAGUCCGAUGUGAUCUUGGCCUACCUAGCUGCGCGAACUGCGCCCGGGUCCAGCAGGUAUGUCAAGGGUACGGAAUGCGUUUAUCAUGGCCCAAGGACGGCGAUACGAAGCGCUCUAUGACCAGCGGAGUGUUACGAUGUCCGACGGACUAUCGCACCUGUGCCGACAUCGAACUCGUGCACACCUCUUUCUUUGACAUGGAAAUGUACUAUUACUUGGUUGAGCUCCGCUCCAACAGCAAGGGCGACGAAGCGGUGAUUUUGCCAGAUAACUUGAUAUUGCCGUCUCCCACGCCGUUAAAGCCAGUUGACCUGAACGCGGAAGAACUAGAACUCCUUCGAUAUUUUGAGACCACGGCCUUCUCCACCCUGGCUACGUUCAGCGCGGAUCUGGCGGGCGUUCGUGACAUGCUUGUCGGGAUGGCGCUAGCGAACCACACCAUUCCAUCCCGAGCCGUACUUCACGCACUCUUGGCCUUUUCUUCCCUCCAUCGCGACGGCUUGCAGCUUCAAGCUGCCCAACACAAGACAGCGGCGGUUGGCGCGCUUGCGGCAUCCGCGCAAAAUGGCGUUCUCACCACCACCGAGGCCGCUCAGCAUGUUGCUGCCAAUAUGCUUCUCUGCUCGUUUGAAAUUCAUAUGGGAACCGACUCCCAUGGUCACUGGCCGUGGUACUUGAUGGGUGCUCGAGAUAUCAUCAAAGCAGCCGGCCUCGAGGGUCAGAUUUUCAGAAACGACAUCAGCGAGCUAGUAAUGUGGACGUAUUAUCACGAUGUCCUAGCCAGAUUUAGCCUCCUUCACUGGCGCCGUGGCUCGGUGCCCCAAGUUUUUGCGAAAGAGCUUGGUGCUGAGGGGUGGCAGCGAGACCUAUGCUCGUUUGUUAUGAAGCUGAAGUUAAAUUUUGGGUCUUUGCCCACGAUACUGCGGUAUCUAGGGGACAUGGUAGAUACUCUUAGCGAGUCUCUGCACUCGCCGACACCCAUGGUUAUUCUCCAAGAGAAAAUACAUGCCUUCGAGGCCAAGGUCCAGAAUGUUCCCGAGCCAGCUAUAGCGCCUACGAAAGAGGAAGCCAAAGCAGCUGCAAGUCUGACUGAACUCUACCGAUCGGCUGUGCUUGUAUACAUUGCUCGGGUCUGCGAGAACAAGUUUGGCGAGAAUAGAGACCUGACGCCUCUGCUGGACACGAGCUUUGCCCAGCUUGAACAGGCCCACACGUGUCAACGUCUUUUCCCCAUUUUCAUAUUAGGCUGCGAAGCGAAUACAGACGAGCGCAGAAUGAUCAUCCUCGAUCUGUUGCGCAGAACGGAGGAGACGCAUGUCAGGUCUUUGGAUUCCAUACGUCGUGGGCUCGACUCGGUCUGGAUCCAAGAUGACCUCAAUGCCGAUCAGGAUACUGCUCUCGACUAUAUGAAUAAGCUGAAUGUGGUCGUUAGCUCGUCUCCCACCAUCCCGACUUUUGUUUGAUAGGUUGGCCGAUGAAACGCUUCUGGAAUGUAGGAUAUGUGUACGGAUGGGACGACGGUAACACUGGGAUAAGUUCUUUGACAUGGCGCUAUGAGUAGUUCAUACUUGAGGGGUUCUUUUCUCUCUCUGAGAGCUGGGGCUGGUAAGGUUAACUUUGAGACUGAAAUAUAUCACUUUGACGUAGGCACGAUUAUUGUCGAUUUCUUUCUAUUUGAGGUAUUCAGGGCGUGGCUAUCUAUGGUUCAUGUUCGUAUAUUCUAAAUAAGCAGGAUAGGCGGUACUAGGCUUGUUCUAAUUGUCCAAGCCGGGACAGUUCUCAGAUGUCACAGAUGUAAUCUCUUUGUAGGGAU